GCCCCGGCCCCGCCGAGCUGCUGAGCGGGGACCUGCCCGCUGAGCCCCUGCCGCACUUCGCCGCGCUGCUGGACGAGGUGCUCGUGCCCAUCCUGACGAACCGGAGGAACCAUCAGGGCUGGCCACGAGUGGUGUCACAAGACAUCAUCCAUCAUGUCCACAGCCUCAGAAACACUGUCUUCAAGGUCGUUGGCCAAGUCAAGGGCAAGACCUUGCUGCCUCUUCCAGCUGUCUCAGAGGGAAUUGAGAACCUUGAUCCUAAAAAUGAGAAAUUCUUGGAGCUGAUCAAUAAAUCCCUGGUACAUGCCACUGAGUCAGCCAUCAUUGACUGGAGCCAGCAGAUCCAGAGAGUGCUGAAGAAAGAGUCCUCAGAGCCUCUCCUGCAAGGCACCAACCCGACCCCGAAGGUGGAACUGGAGUUCUGGAAGAGCAGGUGUGCUGACCUGGAAGGAAUCUACAGCCAGCUGACAUCCAGGAGGGUCAGCAACAUGCUGGAGGUGCUGGAGAGAGUGCAGAGCAUCUACGUGCCAGCCUUCCAAAACAUGCUGCUGGAUGUGCAGGCAGCUCUGAGUGAAGCUCAGGACAUUGACCUGCACCUGACAGCCCUCCAGCAGCCCCUGGAGGACAUAGAGGCUGUUGAGUUCAGCAGGGUGAAGCCUCUCCUGGUCCCUCUGCUGCACGUGGUGUGUUGGAUCUGGGUCACCUCCAAGCACUACGGUGUGCCUGUGAGGAUCGUGGUGCUGCUCCAGGAAAUCUGCAACCUUCUCAUUCAGCAGGCUGUGCUGUACCUGUCUCCAGAGGACCUUCUGAAAGGAGAGAUGGAAGAGAGCCUGGGCAAGGUGCAAACGGUGUUGGGCAUCCUGAGUGCCUUCAAGGGGGCGUUUGAGGAGAGACGGGAGAACCUGCACGUGUACUGUGAGCCAGGCCAGGAGCUGAGGAGCUGGGACUUCCACAGCAGGCUGGUGUUUGCAAGGCUGGACAGCUUCCUGCAGAGGCUGCAGACGGUCAAGGGCCUCCUGACCACGGCCCUGGACCUGACACAGCUGGAGAAGAUUGAGCUUGGGGGGAUGAAAGGGAAGGCGCUGGCCCAGCAGGUGCUGGACAUGUACGAGGAGUUCCAGGAGGGCUUCCAGGUGUUCUCAGAGCGAAGCUACGACUGCCUGGACCUGGCCAACGUGGAGUUUGAGCAGGAUGCCCUGGGCUUCCAGCAGAGGGUGGAGGACAUUGACCGUCGGCUGGCCACGGUGUUCAGCCAGGCCUUCAGCGACGCCCCGGGCCUGGAGCACGUCUGCAAGCUGCUGGCCAUGUUCCAGAACCUCCUGGAGCGCCCAGGGAUGGCUGCAGUCGCUGCUGACAAGGUCCCUGUCCUCCUCAGCAUGUUCAGCACUGCCCUGGACCAGGCCAGGCUCACCUACAGCAGGCACACCCAGGCAGGGCUGCAGCUCGGGUUCCCCCCCCUGCACAAGAACGUCCCUCCCGUGGCCGGGGCGCUGGGCUGGGCGCGGGAGCUGCGGGCGCGGAUCCAGAGACCCCUGGAGCACCUGAGGCACGUCCCACGGCUGAGCUUGGACUCUGCCCGUGGAAGAAGGGUGAUGCAGAAAUAUGAAGAGAUGAUCCAGCUGCUCGACAGGUAUCAGGAAAAGCUGUAUUUAGACUGGUCCCAGACAGUCUCGGAAAAAUCCCAGUACAACCUCAGUCAGCCCCUCCUGCGGCGAGAUCCACAGACCAAACUGCUCUCGGUCAAUUUUGAUCCCCAGCUGGUGUCGGUGCUGAGGGAGGUGAGCUACCUGCAGGGCAGCGGGGCAGGAGCCAUCCCCCCAGCAGCAGCUGCCAUCUAUUCCUGCAAGGAGUCCUUCCAGCAGCUGGUGGCCAGCCUGGAGCUGUUGGGGAACAAGUACAACAGGGUCCUGAGGACGGUGCUGGAGGUGGAAUAUCCUCUGGUGCAGGGGCAGCUGCAGGACAUCGACUUGAAGCUGAGAGAGGCAGAAGAAACACUGACCUGGAAGAUGGAGGGUGUCUGGGAUCACAUCUCCGGGGUGAUGGGCGAUGUCUGUGACCUGGAGCAGAGGGUGCAGAAAGCCAAGGAGAAUGUUGAGGAGAUCCAGAGCAUCGUGCAGUCGUGGGAGUCACCCAUACUGGAGAGGAGGGAUCCCAAAAAGGAGUCAGUGCUGAGCCUGGAGGAGUGCCAGGAGUGCCUGGAGCGCCGCUGCAGCCUGGUCAGGGACUCUGGGCACAGGAUCCACUGCCUGGUGCAGGAAAACCAGAGCCUCCUACUUGCAGAGCCAGCCUCUGAUGCCUGGAAGGUGUAUUUGGAUUAUGUGGAUGAGAUAGUCCUGGAUGGAUUCUUCACUGCCAUUGAGUGCUCACUCAAGUACCUCCUGGAGAGCACAGAUCCCGAGGCAGGGCUCGCUCCCCUGUUUGAGGUGCAGCUGGAUUUGGUGAUCCCAGAUUUGGUGUUUCACCCUCCCUUGGACCCUGGCACCAACGAUGGUUUCUGUGACAUGGUGGAAAAUCUUCUCCAGGGCAUCUUCCACAUCUCCUCACUGGUGCCCCGGCUGGCUGUGCACAGCGGCCUCUGCCACUACCAGGCUGACCUGGAGGCCAUGCCUGGCCUGUGUUCAGCUCGCCAGGAGCUGCUGAGCCGUGCCCGCGCAGCAGCGGCCUCGUGCUGCGAGCACCGUGCGGGGCUGGAGCGAUUCUCACACCUCUUUGGGGAGGACAGGAGGGAGCAGUGCCGCCAGCUGCUGCUCUGUGGCCGAUCUGUCCCUGCAGACAUGGAGCCCCAGCCCCAGGACGGGGUCCCCGCGGCGCCGCCCUCGCUGCAGCAGAUCCGGGAGCAGCUCGGCUCCUACGAGCGGCUCCACGAGGAGGUGGCUCACCUGCAGCCCGUCUGCACCUUCCAGGGCUGGCUCAGGCUCGAUGCACGGCCCUUCAGGGCAGCCCUGCUCAAUGAGAUUAAAAGGUGGAGCCUGGUGUUCAAGCAGCACCUCCUGGACCAUGUCACACACAGCCUGGCUGACCUGGACGAGUUCAUCCAAACUACCGAGAAGGGUUUGAGCAGGAAGGUGGAGGAAGGUGACUCUGGUGGCUUGGUGGAGGUCAUGGGUCACCUGCUGGCUGUGAAGGAACGUCACAGUGCCACUGAUGCCAUGUUUGAGCCCCUGAAGGAAACCAUUGAGCUGCUGAGGGAUUAUGAGCAGGAGCUGCCUGAGGAAGUCCACCAGCAGCUGGAGGAGCUGCCGGAGCAGUGGAGCCAGGUGAAGAAGCUGGCUGAGGCCGUGAGGCAGCAGGUGGCCCCUCUGCAGGCCGGCCAGGUCAGCGCCCUGCGCCAGAGCUGCGCCGCCUUCGACGCCCGGCAGCUGCAGCUGCGCCAGCGCUUCGGCACCGAGGCGCCCUUCAGGUUUGACACUGAAAAGCCUUAUCAACUGCUGGAUGCAAAGCACAUGGAGAUUAAACAGAUGGAGUCAGCCAUGACCUCGAUUUAUGAAUCAGCUGGUCUGUUUGAAGUCGUGGUGCCAGAGUAUAAACAACUGAAGCAGUGCAGGAAGGAGCUGUGUCUUCUCAAAGAGCUCUGGGACAUGAUCUCCCUGGUGAACAGCAGCCUGGAUGACUGGCAGAGCACCAGAUGGGUGGAUAUUAACGUGGAGAACAUGGAUCUGGAGUGCAAGAAGUUUGCAAGAGAGAUUCGGAGUUUGGAUAAGGAAAUGAGGGCGUGGGAUGCUUUCAGUGGGCUGGACAGCAAGGUGAAGAACAUGCUGACAGCCCUGAAGGCUGUGGCAGAGCUGCAAAAUCCUGCCAUCAGGGAAAGGCACUGGAAGCAGCUGAUGCAGGCGACGGGCGUGAGGUUUGUGAUGGACUCGGACACCACCCUGGCUGACCUCCUCAGGCUGAACCUGCAUGAAUUUGAGGGGGAGGUCCAUGGCAUUGUGGACAAAGCAGUGCGAGAGAUGAGCAUGGAGAAGGUGCUGAAGGAGCUGAGGGUCACUUGGAGCUCCAGGGAGUUUCAGUACGAGCCUCACCCCCGCACCAGCAUCCCCUUGCUCAAGUCAGAUGAGGAGCUGAUCGAAACUCUGGAAGACAACCAGGUGCAGCUGCAGAAUUUGAUGUCAUCCAAAUACAUUGCUUUCUUCCUGGAGGAGGUGUCUGCCUGGCAGAGGAAGCUCUCCACUGCUGACUCUGUCAUCUCCCUGUGGUUCGAGGUGCAGCGCACCUGGUCUCACCUGGAGAGCAUUUUCAUCGGCUCAGGAGACAUCCGGGCUCAGCUGCCCCAGGACUCCAGACGUUUCGAUGGCAUUGAUGUGGAUUUUAAAGAACUGGCCUAUGAAGUUCAGAAAACCCCAAAUGUAGUUGAAGCCACCAAUAAACCAGGACUGUCCCAGCAACUGGAGGACAUCCAGAGUAGGUUGUCUCUGUGUGAGAAGGCUUUGGCUGAAUAUUUGGACAUGAAAAGGUUGGCCUUUCCCAGAUUUUACUUCAUUUCUUCUGCAGAUUUACUGGAUAUUCUUUCCAAUGGCACCAACCCACAACUGGUGCAGCGUCACCUUCCCAAACUCUUUGACAACUUGGCCAAGCUGAAAUUCCAGGUGGACUCUGAGCAGAAGACAACCAAGGUUGGCCUGGGAAUGUACAGCAGAGAGGAGGAAUAUGUGCAGUUCAGUGAGCCCUGUGACUGCAGUGGGCAGGUGAGAGGGGAGCCCUGGUCUGUCCAGGCUGCUCCCACACCCCUUGUGGGGUUCCACUGCACUGCCUCUGUGAGAAAAGCUGGGAGAGGUGCUGUGGAGCUUAAUCCUUUCUCACACCACAGCUCUAGUCCUGCUCUGCAUGGGUCCUCACAGCCUGUGGUGUGAGGA